AGUCGCUCACUCUGCAUCUCAGCACAAACAAAAACUCAUCAUCAUCCUGUCUUGUUUCAUUUGGCUGCAGGGAGACUCCACAACAUUCCAGCCGCUGCUGCUCUCUCUCGGGUGAGGUCAAAGUCAAAGCAUCACAGAAGCAAACCAUUUACCUGUCGGCAGCUCCAUUCUACAUUCUGCUUCAUGUUUUCCUCAAAGCAACCGCUGACUCCUUGAGGACCAAAACAGAUGGUUACCAUGGAAGUGUGGUCCUCUGAGGAUUCCCACUUUGUUCAUUGAAGACCUUUAUGUUCGUACAGCAUUUGAGGGCUCUGGAAUUAUUUGCUGUUUCACAGAGAAUCAUUGUUCCAUCAUGGCUGCAACAUCUUUCAGUCAUCUCAUCGUAGUGUGCACUAUCUUUGCUCAGGUCCAAAGUCAGAUGCCUGGCAACAAAGACAGCCACAAGAAGAUGGUCCACAAGCUUAUGAGGGACUGUGAGAAGAAAGGAUUCCCAUUGCCGUCGGUGCACGAUGAUGGUCCAGAAGGAAGAGAGCAACCCCUGGACAAGCGCAACACACUCCUGUCUGCUUUCUCAAAGGCACUAGAGACUCUCUCCAGAGGUGAAGAAGAUCCUGAACAACCACUUAACCCACUGGGAGAAAAUCAAACCAUGAAUUGUGUCGAUCUGCUCAGCAUGAUCAAGGCGAUGAAGCGCUCCUCGGAUGGUCCUGCAUGCUACAUGAAAGCGUUUGUGGCUCCCUGUUCUGUGGAAGUGCUCACCACACAGAUGGAGAACAUGGACCCAGAAGAGUAUGGUGCUCUGCUGCAGGCUGCCAAGUCUGCCAUGUCCACUCUCCCCACCAGAGGAAUGAAGCUUCUGAAGUCAGUGGGAAGGAAAGACCUCAAAGAGAUAGCGAAGAGGCUGAAGGACAUUUAUGAGUCCAUGACUGAUGAUCAGAGGGCACUGGUAGUAGCUUGGGAGAGAGAGCAGGUUUCCCAGAACUACUUCAACUGUACACAGGAUCAACAAAGCACCUCUGUGGAAGUCAAACGCUGCAAAGCCUCCCUGCCAUGGCUGGACUCUGAGACGAUGGAGAUGAUGGGACCUUUUCUUUCAUACCUGUCAGCUGCUGAUGUUGACUCUUCUCCAAAACAAAUGCUGUGUGAGUUUUUUCUAUCAUCAAAGUCGAUGGCCUCCAUGAGCGCUGGGACCAUGUUCCAGGCGAGUCUGGGGAAGAGGUUCAUGCAGAGAUUCCAGGAGUGCUUCAGUGAGAAGGAGCUGGCGGAACACUUAGACAAACUGGGCCCACUUGCUUGUUACUAUGAAGACUUUCCAGACUUGCCAGUCGAGGCAAGCGAGAAGCUUCUCUCUCAGCUGGACUCCUGCGACGACCCCAGAAUCACCAAGGAGCGGAAGCGGCUCCUGGACUCAGUGAUGUCACAGUCUAAUUGGACUUAUGCUGAAGCGGUGCAGAAGCUCAACGCGAGCGCUACUUUAGUGCCUCCUGAUAAACUUUCACAGCUACAUCCGUCGACUCUUAAAGAAAUCAUCCGAAAAGUUGGUUUCCUAGGCCACUGGAGUAAAGCACAGAAGUCUGCUCUGCUCGACCAGCUGCUGGGGAAAGACAAGUGUGAGACAGAUGCAGGAGAUGAAGUAUUGGAGCUUGGACCCAUCAUUGAGAGCGUACCACGCUGUGUGUUGAAGCACAUCAAGCCCACAGAGAUCCUGAAGGACCGCGAGAAGCUGGAGAAGAUCUCCAGGAGAAUGACCACCGGCCAGUUAAAAGCCACAUUGUUGCGUCUGCGUGAAGAAGAGGAUUACAGCAGCCUGAUGGAGAAGCUCCCAGGACGUUUACUGCAGAGCGUCUCUCUCAUCCAGCUGGAGAAAGUCAAGGACUUGACACCAGAAGCAGCCGACAGUCCGGACUGGACUCGGCCACAGGCGGCGUUUCUUGUGAAAAGGCUGCUUGCCCUGAAGAAGCUUCCGUUUGGGAAGCUGAGGUCACUGAUCCAGGGCGUCACGUGUAGGAUGCUCAGCGUGGCUAGCGAGAGAGAGCUGCAGCUGGUGGCUCAAGACAUUGAAGAGAGUCCUCAGUGGGUCUCCAAGAAGCUGGCCAGGUGUGCAGCUCUGAAGUAUCUCGCCAUUUUGGAGCAGAGGGAAAACAUGAAUGUGUCUUCGAUCACAGCCGAGGAGCUGGACAACAUUCCCGAGGAUUACGUCAUUUUCCUGCCGUCUUCUCGACUGAAAGAGCUCCCUGACUCUGUGUGUCCCGUCUUCCUGGACAAGAUGGAGGCAGCUAAUGUGGACUUGUUGCCUCGCCGUGCGCCAUCCCGCCGUGCUCUCCUCCAGGGAGCGCUGGACUGCUUGGGACCAGAUCUGUCCAAGCUCACGGUCGAUGACGUCUCCCGGCUUGGCCUGCUCAUCUGUGACCUAGAACCAUCUGAGCAAAUGUCUCAAAUGAGCCCAGAAGUCGUGAAGCACACACUGCAGCUCAUGGCUUCCUGCGAGCCAGUCCCCUCCAGCCGUCGCCCGCCACUGAUGCGUCUGGUCAGGAAAGCUCUUGGGAAUCCAUCGCACUGGUCGGAGGACACGGUGGAGAGGUUUGGUCUGCUCCUGUACUGGGAUGAUGAUGCUGUUGCCGCUCUGCCAAAUGAGCCUUGGCUAAGAAGAGCACUCAGAUAUCUGAGGAGGAGGAGCCGGCUGAAGCCAUCGGAAGCCAUGGAGAAAAAGCGUUUUGACCUGGCCACCCGCGUCUCUUCCAGUCAGAAGCGGAGAAAGAGAGGAGUGGACCCACGCGUCCCCACGGUGGAGUUGGUGCAGGAGCUGGAACUGGCCAACAUCCAUUGGACCCCCCAACAGCUGGCUCAGAUGUCGUCACAAACCUUCUGGCAGACCAUUGAGAUAUUUGGAAAUAUCGUUGGCUACACCAAAGAUCAACUGGCCAAGCUCUGUGAGAAGUCUGUGCAGGCCUUCGGUCCGCCCCAGCAGAUGAACGACCAGUCCAUUUUGCAGCUGGGAUGUAUCUCCAGGUGCUUCUCCAACAGGGAUUUGGAACAAAUGGCGUUCUCUCUGGACAUGCUGGAACCUCUGGCCCAGUGUGGCUGGAGCGAGUCUCAGAUGGCGUCAGUGUGGACGGCGGUCUCUGGAAAUGAGCACAUGGAGACCCUGCAGGAGAUGGGAGCAGCAGAGAUGUCCUCGCUGAGCCAGUUCAUCUGCGGUCUGAAGGCCGAGCAGAUAAAGCAGCUCAACGUGGACACGUUCAGGGACGCUGUCAACUCGAUAAGCAACGUCCAGUGCUCCGCUGACAUCGGACAGCAGCUGAAGGAUUUGGCAAUACGGGCGUUUGGACCCCCAAAAUCCUGGACUGAAGCUCGAGUUGCUGAAUUGGGAAACAUCAUCGCCUGGCUGAAUGGUGAGGAGAUGUUGUCGUUACAUCCACAAGUGUUUUCAUUCAUCCACCAAGCAACAAUCCCACUCAUCUCACCUCAGAGCUUCGCUCAACUGACGGUGGAGCAGAUCAAGGAGCUCGGACCUGACAACACCGCCAUGGUGACCUCAGCACAGCGUGCCGCGAUGAGCCGAAAACAAGUGGAAGCUCUGGAGGGAGUGGAGAGGGACGCGAGCCUGACUGCAGAAAACUCCAGAGAGCAGUCAGGAGCUGGGUCUGUGUGGGCAGACUGGACAUCGAUCGUCAUGAAGUCACUGCUGGCUUUCCUUGCUGGCUUCCUUCUGGUGUGAGAAGAGGCCACACACACUUUACAGAGCUUAGAUGUGUCUCCUCACUAUUCAAUCUCAAUGCAGCAGCAGCAGCAGCAGCAGGACCCUCUUCUGAUGAUCAUGUAGUCGUGACUGAAUCUCACAAGGCUUGAGCACAAGAGGGACGUGUUUUUUUUAGUUUAGUCAGUUGCCUUAGUGGCCCACUAGAGGGCAUUGUUUAAAAAAAACCGUGAAAUUGCUUCAACGUUAUAUCAAUUUAAAUAGUGUAUAUAUACUAUAACAAACAAUCGGAAUACAGGACAAUCCACUCUGAUAAUAAUUGUAGUAAUACAUUCAGGUCUAUACAACCUCAGGAAGCAGAAACUGUUCUUUAAGGGUAUAAACUGAUUAAAUUGGAAUAUAAGAGGUGAUGUAUAAGUUUAUCAAUGCAAAUGCUACAAUAAUAUUCAGCCGUUAGCAGACAACUGUCGCUCGCUUGGCUAUAGAGCCGUCACAACCUUCUUU